AUGCCAUUGACUUUUAGUCUAUUUAAUCAAAAACAAAAGUCAACGCGAGAUCUCACAAAAGAAUCGGCUUCGUUUCUUUGGCAUCAAAUGCUGCUUUAUGUUUUCAAACAAAUGCCGCAUAAUGAUCGUAUGAAAAAUGAAAUGCUCGAUCAAUGUGUUGAUCACUAUCGAAACAAUCAAACGGAAUUAGAAACGAUUGAACAAUUUCGAAAGAGUCAUACACAUGAUCAAGCAAUCAGUUGGUGCACGGAUGAAUAUUUUCUCUAUAAACUUCUUAAUCAAGCCUUACGUACCGAAAAUAUACAAUUACUGUAUUCAUUUCGAUUUUUAAUUAUUGAUCUUUGUGGCGAACUCGAACGAGACAGUAACAAGAUCAAGAGUAAAGGUCGUCUCACUGUUUAUCGUGGACAAAUGAUGCAUAAAGAAGAAUUACAGAAGCUACAACAUAGUAUGGGUGGAUUGAUAUCAACGAAUGGAUAUUUUUCAACUUCACGUGAUAUUAAUAUUUCACUAGGAUUUUUAUCAAAAUUCAAUUCGACCAACGAACGAGUUUUCUUCGAAAUUCAGGCUGCUCCACAAAUAACUGGUGUCGUUUGUACUGAUAUAUCGGCGUUGGGCUCGAUUCCAUAUAUUUCGAUUCAACACAAGAUGCUUCGAAAUCAUGUCAGCGAUGAAAAAGAUAACUACGAUUUAGCACUGGAACAUGCCGAACGCGCGUUACACAUUCGAAAAGAACAGAAACCCGUUGAUCAAAUUCGUCUUGCUAGCACAUUGAAUGGCAUGGGCGUGAUUUAUAAAAAUAAGGGCGAUCUAGAUCGUGCCAGUGAUUAUUAUCAACAGUCAUUGGCGAUAUAUGAAAAUGAAGUAUCAAGUGCACUGCAAUAUUUCAAUCGUGCUUAUGAAAUUUACCGAGAAAUUUUACCUGCUGGUCAUCCUCGUCGUGCUCAUGCCUUGUCAAAUAUUGGAAGUAUCUAUCAUCAUCGGGAGAACCUGGAACAGGCUCUUAGUUUCUAUCAACAAGCUCUAGAUAUUCAAGAUAAGACCUACCCUGAUGAUCAUCUAAGAAAAGUAAAUACGAUUCGAAAUAUUGUUCUCAUAUAUCGUGAUAAACAAGACUGGGACAAUGCCAUGAAUUGUCUCAAUCGAGCUUUGAACAUGUAUCGAAAUGUCUUAGAUGACAAAUCGCAUCCAAGUAUUGCAGUGUGCCAUAGUGAUAUUGGUCAUGUGUACGAAAAGAAGGGCAAUUGGGAUCAAGCACUCGAUUAUUAUCGACGACAGUUGAAGAUGGAAGAGUUAUGUCUGUCGAUCGAUCAUCCUCAUCUCGGCCUACAUUUUGAUUGGAUCGUCAACAUGUUGAAAAAGAAAGGCAACAUCGAUGAAGCUAAACAAUUAUGUCAACAAGAAUUGAAGAAGUUGCCAGAUCUGUUAGGUAGCGACUAUGCAAAUCAUUCAAGAUACACUCAUACUUUAGUUUCAUUAGCAACCAUAUUAGAAGAUAGUGAUUUCAAUAAAUCACAGGAUUAUUAUAAACAAACGUUUUCAGUACUCGAACGACAGUCACGUUCAACAGCCCAUCGAGCAUAUUUAUCACGUACUAAUCUAUCGUCGAAUAAUAAAGAAUUGCCUGUUUCAUUACGUGGUUUAGCGCGUCUCUAUCAAGCAAUGAACAAUGAUAAAGAAGCAACUAAAUAUUUCAAUCAAAGUUUGGAUAUCUUCCAAGUUAUUUACGGACCCGAAUAUAAUCAUGUUAAAGAAAUUUCAAAUGAGUUAGAUCAAUUAAAAGACUCAGUAACUAUUUCUAAUACUGUAGACAAUGAAGAAAAUGACAUUAAUCAUCAUUAUACCACAAAACAACCGAUGCCUGAUCAUCGAUUCGAAAGUUGCGUAUAUAUGGGAGGGACAAAAAGUUCUGCUGGUACACUUCUGUGA